AAUAAAAAAAAAAUACCUUAAAUAUACAGAAUGCCCAAUUUUUUUUUCUCGAGGCCUGCAUACACAAAACAUUAGAUCCCAAAUCAUUAAUUCCUAACAAAAUGAUUCUUGUGAGUAUAUAAAUAUUGGUAAGACCAAAAAAAAAAAACUUUGGUUAAGUAACAAAAGUAUGGAAUUUGGGGGGGAAAACUGAGAAGAGGAGAAAGCGGAGAAGCUUCAACUCCGGCCACCGGAGUUAGAACAGAAAAAUAAAAUCCCGGCCACCGGAGUAGAAUGGCUACAGCCAAAGGUUCCUCCAUCGUUUUGCCCCGUACAAGAAAACAGCGCAAACGUGUCAAACGAAAAGUGAAAAUCAGGGAGAAGUGGAAAGCCAUGAAGACGAAGAAGCUCAAAGAGAAAGCAAAUGUUACUCCACUCGUGACCAAGUACUGGCUCCAAAGAUAUGAUCUCUUCUCCAAAUACGAUGCGGGGAUCAAAAUGGAUGAAGAGGGGUGGUUCUCCGUCACGCCGGAGGAAAUCGCCGCCCGCCAGGCCCGCCGCUUCGCCGGUGCCGGUGUUGUCAUUGAUGCUUUCGCCGGCGUUGGAGGAAACGCCAUUCAGUUUGCCAAAGUUAUUGUCAGGUGCCAUCAUGUUGUUGCCAUUGAAAUUGACCCGAAGAAGGUUGCCCUGGCAUUUCAUAAUGCUAAGAUUUAUGGUGUUCAAGAUCAAAUAGAUUUCAUAGUGGGAGACUUUUUCCAGCUUGCACCUUUCUUGAAGGGAGACGUUGUCUUUCUUUCACCACCUUGGGGCGGCCCCUCAUAUAAAGCAAAAGAAAAUUUUACAUUGGACUUAUUGAAGCCAAAAGACGGUCUUACUCAUCAUGGUUAUAAUUCAGAGCAGCCAUUCUUUGUUUCAAGCUGCCCAGGCGAUAACACCUAAUAUCGUCAUGUUCUUGCCUCGAAAUGUUGAUGUGCUCCAAGCAAGUGAGCUGUCAUGGCUGUCUUCUCCUCCACUAGAUAUCGAGGUACCUUCUCAUAAAAUGCAUUAGAUCCCAGUAUGUGGAAUCUUAAAUAUUUAUUCUAAAAAUUCUUCUCUUUGAAGAUGGAAGAGAAUUUAGUCCGUGGAAGGUUGAAGGGAAUUACAGUGUAUUUUAGGGACACAAUGCUGUGUGCGUAGCCACCAUUUGUGAUGUUCCUUGUCGUAGGGUUAACUUCGUUUCAAGUAGUAGUAAAGAACAUGUGCAUGCAAUAUGCCUUGUUCGAUUUUGGUGAAUUUGUAAUAAUUGUUUUUAGACAUAAAUUAUAUUUUGUCCGAACCAUCGUUGAAAAAUUAUAUAGUGAGAGAUUUUGAUUAUCCGUCAA